AUUUGAGCUCUCAGGAGGUGCUGAGCUGAAGUAAGAUGGCCUCGGACAGAAUGGCGUCUCCUCGCAGCAGCUCCAGACAGAGCAGCUCGCUCUGUUCAUCCCCGAUGAGUACCCGCAUGCAGACCCUCCAGGUGGACUCGGUGCAGCGCUGGAUGGAGGAUCUGCGCCACAUGACGGAGGUGGAGUGCAUGUGCGUCCUGCAGGCCAAGCCCAUCGGGGUGGAGGAGGACGCCCAGCAGGGGGAGCUGAUCGUGGCCUCGGGGGUCGGGGGAGGGGACCAGGUGGCGAGAAACAACCUGCAGACGCUGCUGCGCCGGGCGCUGGUGGUCAGCACGGAGCUGGGGAAGAUGUUCCAGCGGCUGGAGAAGGGUCGCUGGCAGAGGGUCCACAGUACGGCCGUCAGGGCCAACUGCCACGUGCGCUCGCUGGUGCACGAGUACAGCGCCGCCCGAAACACACCGCCUGAGAUGCAGAAGUAUGAGAAAUCUCUGCUGGACAAGUGUAUGGAGCUGACCAAUAUCACAGAGAGGUGCCUUCACACCGAUGAUGAGUUCUUCCUGAAGUCAAUGAGGGAGGCGAUCCACGAGAUCCUGACCGACGUCAGCGAUUCCUUCAGCAACAUGAUCGACAUGGCUUUAGCCAACGAGAUCCGGCUCCUGAUCAAACAGAUCGACUCCUCGGACAGCGUGCACACCAUCGGCAGCGCCAUAAGCAACCUGCUGUCGCUCACACAGGACGGCCCGCAGCUCUGCAGCAUCAUCGCCAAGGAAGGAGCCGUGGUGUCCCUGUUUAAGAUCUGCAGGCAGGACCGCUUCAGAGAUCUGUACGCUCACGCUCUGAGGACGGUGGCCUCCAUCUGCUGCGUGGAGGAGGGCAUCAACCAGCUGGACAAGGUGGAUGGGAUCCUGUGUCUGGCGGACAUCUUGACGGAGGAGAGCAGCGUGGAGGCAGCGCGGGCGGAGGCAGCGGCGGUGGUGGCUCAGAUCACCUCCCCCCACCACACCUCCACACAACACCUCGCCAGCUUCCUGGAGAGCAUGCACGACAUCGUCACCGCGCUCAUCAAGCUGUGUGACAGCGCCUCCUGUGGUGAGGUGUUCCUCCUGGCCUCUGCAGCGCUGGCUAACAUCACGUUCUUCGACAGCAUGGCCUGUGAGAUCCUCCUGCAGCUCAACGCCAUCCACAUCCUGCUGCAGGCCUGCAGGGACCGGCAGAGGGUCGACACGCCCUACUCCAAAGACCAGGUGGUGACCAUCUUGGCGAACCUCUCAGUUCUGGAGCAGUGUGCUCCUGAAGUCCUGCAAGACCAAGGAAUCGAGCGCCUGCUGCUGCUCCUCGGAGAGAAGCCGUCCUCCGUCAGUCCAUCGGAGGGCGCCGCCUGCGAGCGAGUUCAGCAGAAAGCCGCUGUGACUCUGGCCCGGCUGAGCAGAGACCCUGAAGUCUCCCAGAUAGCCAUCCAGCUCAAAGCUGUUCCUCGUCUCAUUGAACUGUGCCGCUCCCCCACUGAGAGAAAUAACAGCGACUCAGUGCUGGUCGCUUGCCUGGCUGCCUUGAGGAGGCUGGCAGCGGGGUGUCCAGACAGCAUCGAGGCGGCGGACCACCAGCAGCUGAUCAAACCGCGACUCGUGGACUCCUUCCUGCUGUGCUCCAACAUGGAGGAGAGCUUUGUGUGACGCGCUGCUCAGGAAACAGAGGGCAGAGCUCAACUCCUGCGAAAAGAUGGUGUACGUUCACCGUUUCAUGAGAGGAGAGGACUAAUGAGCAGCGUCACUCAUGAGCAAAGCAUCCAUUCCCAAAGCAGAGCUUCGGUUCGUCACUGAGAAGGUGUUUUUUUGUCCGAAAAUCAUGCAAAAAUGUAAAAAGAUUGUGUCAGCUUGCAUGAAUCCAGAAGUAAAUGUACAUACAUGCAUUGCCCAGUGCAACCAAGGGACCUUAUUAAAUGCUAUGAAUGUGUACCGUUUAUUUUGUUCCUCUGGGAAAUGUAUAUCAGUAAGCAUUUUGUACAAUUUGACAAAUGAAAGGAUAACCUCCAGAAUGAAACGCUUUAUAUUCUGCCACUGUGCAAUUUAUUCGUACAAUGUCUCAAUAUAUUGUCUACGAAGCAUGUUGGCUAUCUGAGAGACAGAGAAAGAGAUUUUUCAAGAGGAUCGCACGGUGAAAUGCCUCCGAUACAAAUGAUCCGAAGCAUCUGGAGUACCGAGAUUUCUGUCUGCAGAAAUUCUCUUUAUUGUCUCAAAGAAAAUAUUAUCUGUUUUGUGUUUUCAAUCAGAAGCCACUUCACCUUUUAAAACUAAAUUAUUACAGUUGGAAUAACUUCUUUUCAGUUUGAUGUUUGAAGGCCUUUAUUCACUAUUCAACGCGCAUUGUGUGGCAUGUUGAGUUAUUCUAUUAAACUUUUCAUGCCAUUGAGUCAAAUGUUUUAUCCACCACUGGAGAAUGAAUCUAUACAAAUGGUCUUGGAUUUGAAUAAAUAAAUACUUUUUAUUUAAAAAGAAAUACCAUUGUUGUAUGCCAUGCAUGGAAUAAAGGCAAUAUUCAGUGUCA